AUGGACUCGGUCAGCAGCCCGGACAGAGGGGAUCAACCGCUGGCGUUAACCAGUGCCUAUAAUCAUGACGUCGAGAGUGAUGGGCCCAUGGACUUGGCUGAUAACCAGACAAACGUUAACAAUCAAAAUAUUACACCAGACCAGAGUGACGAGGCCUCAGAUGCCCAGAGUCCUGCUGAAUACUCUCUGUUAUGGGACACAGUGAGGUCGGAAACUGUGGAGCAAUCAGAUCAUGAGAAGUUCGAUGAUGGCGGGGCUGAGUUAUAUCGUGAGUCCGAGGAGGGCUCGGAUGGAGACGAAGAAGAGCUUGGGACGGUAAUUAGGGAAUUUGAGGCGAGAGAUCAUAAGCAGAUGGAGGAUGAAGAGGAAGACAGCCAGCAGGAAGAAGAAGAAUAUCAGGAGGAAGAAGAGGAAGAUGAAGACGAUUGUUCCAGUGAAGGAGAUAUCAUGCAGGCGGGGGUCAGGGGAGAUGUAAUCAUAAAUGUUGAAGGAGCUGAAAUGGAAGAUGGUAGGGCGGAGGAGGAAAACGUGAUGGAAAAAGUAAACGGAGAGUAUAAGCUGAAUAUGGACACUUUGCUAAAAAAUUCGACUAGUAACAAUAGUUUACAGUUGCUAGGCCUUCUUGAGAGUGCGGACGAAGCU